UAUUGCGUGAUAGGUGUGAUAUCCGUUAGUGUGUUGCAGCGGCUCGACAUUCUUUAUUGUUCUUUUAUAUCUGUUGCGGUUCUGCUCUACAACAAAAAUGGAAUCAGACCGAAGUUGGAUGUAUAGGCGGCUCCAGGGCGGGUUGUUGUACCCAGGUUUUGACGAGCGCGUACAAGAGUUUGUGAAUUUCGCCUUACGUCAUCCUGCGUGUAUGAGUGGGGCUGAGAUUAAAUGUCCUUGUCCUAGGACAGGAUGUAAAAAUACGAGUUAUCGGGAUGUCGAAACAGUCAAGCUUCACAUUUUGCAGAAAGGGUUUGUCAAAGAUUAUCAAGUCUGGGUUUUUCAUGGUGAGGGAAAUGUUUUAAAUCCCCGUCCCGUUGCAGAGCUACCGGAGUAUGACGUUGACAUGGAAUAUGAGGGGGGUGACGAGUUCAGCUCCGUUCAGAGAAUGGUUAUCGAUGCUGCCGGUCCAGAAGUAGUGUUCACGGAGGAGGAACCGAAUAAUGAAGCGAAACAUUUUUAUGAUAUGAUGCGGGCGGCCGAAGAACCUGUAUGCCCUGGUAAUAGCAAACACUCUCCCUUGUCUGCAGCUGCUAAAAUGUUAGACAUCAAAUGUCGACAUAGUGGGUCAGUAGCUUUAGUAGAUGAUGUGACCGAAUUUAUACAAGAGCUGCUCCCAGAGAACAACAAGAUGCCAAAGAACUUUGCUAAAAUCAAAAAGAUAGUUAGAGGUCUUGGAUUGCCGGUUGAAGUUAUCGAUUGCUGUUUUCGCAACUGCAUGAUUUAUUGGGGGCCAGACGCGGAGUUAACACGAUGCAAAAUUUGCGAUCACGAACGUUGGAAACCGCCCCCUAAAGGAAAUUCUCCACCGCCAAGCAUAUGA